AUGUCCCCGAGUCAUGAAGUCUCGCGCCAACCGAACCAACGCCUGACGCGGUCGUCCAUGCCGCUCAUGCUCUUCUACUGCACCGAGAUGGAGGGCAUGGCGCGCGAAAUCGCGGCGAUCGAUGGAAGCGUCGAGCUCGGGGAGAUUCAGUGGCGCACGUUCGCCGAUGGAUUCCCGAACAUUUUCGUCAAGAACGUGGAGCAGGUGCACGGGAGACACGUGGCGUUUUUGGCCUCAUUUCACAACGCGUCGGUCAUUUUUCAGCAGUUGAGCGUUAUUUACUCGCUUCCGAAGAUGUUUGUCGCCUCUUUUAGGUUGAUCUUGCCGUUUUUCCCCACCGGGACGUUCGAGCGUGUGGAUAAGGAGGGAGAGAUUCCUACGGCGGUGACCAUGGCGCGCAUGCUGAGCAGCAUUCCGCACUCCCGAGGCGGACCUACGGAUAUGAUUGUGUACGACAUUCACGCCCUGCAGGAGCGAUUUUACUUCGGUGACUCCGUCACCCCGCUCUUUGCCUCUGGCAUUCCGCUCCUGCUGGAGCAAUUAGCUACAUUAGAGGACGCGAAAGACGUCGUCAUCGCCUAUCCGGACGAGGGCGCGUGCAAGCGCUUCCACAACUUCUUCACUCAGUAUGAAGAAGUCGUGUGCACGAAGGUUCGCGAGGGCGACAAGCGCAUCGUCACCAUCAAGGAGGGCGUUCCCGCGGGUAAGCAUGUCGUCAUCGUGGACGAUCUCGUCCAGUCCGGGGGUACCCUGAUCGAGUGCGCCAAGGUGCUUCGAAGAGAGGGCGCGAAAGCCGUGAGCGCCUACGUCACCCACGGCGUCUUCCCCAACGAAUCCUGGCGUCGAUUCACCGAUCCCGCCGCGGACUUCGCCAACUUUUGGAUCACAGACUCCUGUCCGCAGACCGUCUCGGGGUGCCAGGGCACGAAACCGUUCGUCGUCCUCAAGCUCGCCGCGAGCAUCUGCGCCGCCUUGAACAUUUGA